CACUUUGAAACCUCCUGAACGCCGCCUUGAGUGCGCCAUUUUGAAAGUGUAGUACUGGGGAGAGGCGACAGCAGAGGCGAGGGAAAUCUCAAAGUGGAGUUCAAAGUCUAAAAAAGACACUUCUCGGGCUUGUUGUUCACUUGGAUUUUGAUUAAAAUUGUCUCGGAACUGCCCGAAUUACCCGGAGCCGGAACUUGCGCGGGUCUUCGGACUUCACGAGCAGCUCUCCGCCGCCUCAUUCCUCCACUGCACUUCGGUCAGAACCACCCAGCCGACCCGGGUCAGACUCCAGCUCCAGUCCAGGGCCGGAGCCACUGAGACCCGCUCAGUGUGAGCAGCUCACCAUGGCAGGGGCCGUCGGUGGGAACAGUGAUGUUCAGUGGUGCUUCUCCCAAGUCAAAGGAGCCAUAGACGACGACGUAGCAGAACCCGACAUCAUAUCAACGGUUGAAUUCAACCAUUCUGGGGAGUUGCUGGCAACCGGGGACAAGGGUGGUCGUGUUGUCAUCUUUCAACAAGAGCCAGAGAGUAAGAAUCAGCCACAGUGUCGAGGCGAGUACAACGUUUACAGCACCUUCCAGAGCCACGAGCCCGAGUUCGACUACCUGAAAAGCCUUGAAAUCGAGGAGAAGAUCAACAAGAUCCGAUGGCUGCCUCAGAAAAAUGCAGCGCAUUUCCUUUUAUCUACGAAUGACAAAACCAUCAAGCUGUGGAAAAUUAGCGAGCGCGACAAGAGACCGGAGGGCUACAACCUGAAGGAAGAGGACGGAAGAUACAGAGAUCCCAGCAAUGUCACAACACUACGGGUUCCAGUAUUCAGGCCCAUGGACUUGAUGGUUGAGGCCAGCCCCAGGCGAGUGUUUGCGAACGCACACACUUACCACGUCAACUCGAUCUCGGUCAACAGUGACCAUGAGACGUACCUGUCUGCAGACGACCUGCGGAUCAACCUGUGGCACCUGGAGAUCACUGAUCGCAGCUUUAAUAUUGUCGACAUUAAACCAACCAACAUGGAGGAGUUGACCGAGGUGAUCACGGCAGCAGAGUUUCACCCAAACCAGUGCAACACCUUUGUCUACAGCAGCAGCAAAGGCACCAUCCGCCUGUGUGACAUGAGGGCAUCGGCGCUGUGCGACAAAUACAGCAAAAUCUUCGAAGAGCCAGAGGAUCCAAACAGUCGCUCGUUCUUCUCUGAGAUCAUCUCGUCCAUCUCCGAUGUAAAGUUCAGUCACAGCGGACGCUACGUGAUGACCCGCGACUACCUGACCGUCAAAAUCUGGGAUAUCAACAUGGAGACGCGACCAGUCGAGACGUAUCAGGUGCACGAAUAUCUCAGGAAUAAAUUGUGUUCACUGUACGAGAACGAUUGCAUCUUUGACAAGUUUGAGUGCUGUUGGAACGGGAAUGACAGCGUCGUGAUGACGGGCUCCUACAACAACUUCUUCAGGAUGUUCGACAGGGACUACCGGCAGGACGUCACCCUGGAGGCGUCGCGAGAGAACUGCAAGCCGCAGUCCGUCCUGAAGCCUCGCAAAGUAAGCACGGGUGGGAAGCGUAAGAAGGAUGAGAUCAGUGUGGACAGUCUUGACUUUAACAAGAAGAUCCUCCACACUGCCUGGCAUCCUCUGGACAACAUCAUUGCGGUGGCCACCACCAACAACCUGUACAUAUUCCAGGACAAACUCGACUAGCGCUGUUGUUCUCGUCGAGCCGCUCGGAUCCGUUUUCUGCUUCAGCCCCACUGCUCCGACACACACACUUAACAAACAACGUCUGUCCGUCUUUGGCUUAAAUCCACAGAUCCACGUCCACGCUCCAUGUGUAUUAGAAAGACUAGGGUUUGUUAAUCUGAGGCCAGAUUAAGGAUAUUUUUCUCGACUCACUCCAUUCAGAGUCAGUGUUUGCAACUCCACUACAUCCCAAAUUAAAGGGAAAAUUGUGUGCCAUUGUGACAUGAUUGAUUUUUUUGUUUUAUGUCACAGCUAGCAAUUAUUGAUUUGUUUUUGUAGUUUUAUUAUUUUGAAUUACAAAUUCUCUCUGUUGUUUAUGUCUUUGUGUCGCACCACUAACACUCCACAUCUGCCCCAAGUGUUUGUCAAGUUGCCAAGUUCACCACCGAAAUAUACACAGUAAAAUGAUGCUGUUUAAAGGAAUGUUCAAGUGUUUUUACCAGGUUUUCGCUCAGUUAAAAACAAAUCAUAUGCAUAUGCCACAGUAACUGCGACCACUGCCGUGUCACCGUCUAUGUGUGUUCAUAGAAUCUGCCUUUUUUAAUGCAGCAAAUAAUUCACUUUGUCCUGUUUAAUAGUAACAUCCAUGUUUCAUAACAAUUAAGAGUGUAACACAACUGUUAAAAGGUCCGGCGUGUAAGAAUUAAGAGCUUAGUUUUGCAUAGACCAUGUCCUACAGAGAAUUUAUGACAAUGACGGUUUUAUUUACCUUAACUGCUAGAGCAGUUAAAGCAGAUUUGCACUGCUUUGUGUCAACUGGGGCGGCAGCGAUUGUGUUAUAAAUUGUUUACUAAAUUAAUCGUCAACUAUUCUCAGAGUUCUCUGAUUUUUUUUUGAGAACAAAGCUUUGGGGAACACAGAUUAGCAUUUUUCAACAGUUAAAAUAUUCACAUUUAACUCAUUUUAUUUCAAACCGAUUAAUCAAUUGUCAAAAUAGUUGACGAUUAAUUUAGUAAUCGAUUAAUAAUCUAGUAAUUGUUUCAGCCCUCGCGCCAACUAGCCUCUGCUGCCACCCACUGGCAUUUUUCCGCACUGCACCUUAGGUGAUGUUUAUGUCCUGUUAUGUCAAGACUACCGUCACAACAUUUGCUGUACUGCACGGUUAGCGCAGUAAAGGUAACAAUUUGUUCUAUCCUAUCUACAGGUUAGCUUUUCUUCUUCGUGGGACAAAUGCAGACAAAAUCAUCAUUUAUUAUAUAUUAUAUAAAUAUUUAAUUUCUGCCCUAGAUUUUACACACUGGACCUUUUUAAAAUGCAUUUGUUUUUAUUUACUCGAGCGCUGUAAUCGGUGUCCUUAUCAGAAUCAGGUUUUCAGACCAACCCUGGUCUCGGUAGCGUCACCAAAACUUAAAUUUAAAUAAAAAAUCACUUCCUAUCUUGAGGUGAAACUGUAAUGAAACCACUAAUAAUGUCAUCAGGAGUGUGUGUGUGUGUGUGUGUGUGUGUGUGUGUGUAUACAGUAAUGUCCAGUCAGUGGGCGAGUUGAUAAGAGGGAGUUGAAUGUGGGCUCAUCAUGCCAAAGUGACUUUAAAGUUAACAUUUGUUGUCGAGGCGUCGACGGUCAGACACGGACGUUAUCGCACACGCGCGGACCAUCGUUUAAGCUCAGGACAGAAAAAGCUGAUAAACGUGGAAGCGCGUGACAUUAAUUUCUUGCUUUACCUUUUACCUGAAUCUAGUUUGUUUUUGUUUUGUUUGUUUUUUAAAUGAUAUUUUGUACCAUACUUGGAAAAAAAAGAAGAAAAGAAAUAAGAAUAACCACUAUAGCUGAUUUAUUUUUGUAUAAAUGAAAGCAAUAGGAUUUACAGUCUGAUCACUGUCGCUUCUUUAGCCGUCGAUGUCAGACUGAGGGGAGGUCACUUGAGGGUCAGGUGACCUUUCUUUGUAAUUACGACUGUGGGGGAAUUUUUUAUUUUAUUUUAUUUUAUUUUAUUUUAUUUUGUUGCUCUGGCUGGUGUUUUUGUGACGUCCCACCAAAGGAAAUGGUGUCGUGUCUGACUCGGGACGUCCAAAGAAAAGUAUUUUCAGGUUCGUCACUCGUACUAGAACAGUUUUAAAUUUGACUGACUGUAACUGAUUAGAUCAGAGUUAGAUUCUGAGUCUCAGUGUUCUGCUUCUCUUGUGCCAUUUGGAUUUGUUAGUGAAUAAUUAUUUUUGCUUGCUGUGAAAGUGUAGGUCCACGUCGGGGCCUAAACAGGGUUAGAAAUUCUUUAAUCAACAUUAAACUGUUCAGAUUCUCUCUAAA